UUACCGGUCCUUUUGGUUGACGGGGGGAGAGUUGCCGCUUCUGUAGACGAGGCGAAACGACGGACGACUCACUGCAGGUGCCUGCAGGAUACAGAGCAAGAGGCACCAACAGAUACACACAUGAAGAGUGUCGUGCUGUCGCCAUCUGCUGUGCGCACCUCGGCAUCAUCCUGAGUGGCGGGAUUGGGUGCGGCCGCCAGGAUCGCUUUGAGUGCAUCCACCACCCGCGACACGUCCUCAUGUGUGCGCGUGAGCUGCGACUGUGCCGUGGCGAUGUGGGAGCUGACGAGGGCAUGCUGCACACGAAGCUCCAAUAAGCCGGCCGACGCCUGCGUAUAAAUCGACAGCAGCAGUGUCCGAGAGCGAUGCAGCAGUGUGUCUGACAUACCUGUCCAGAGAGGCUGGGAGGAUGCGCUUGCUCAAAGUGAGACCGCAACGCGCCGAGCUGCAAGGAAGACACAUACACAGAGAGGCGAUGACUUGUUUCAUUCAGGCGGGCAGGCGCACCGUUGUGUUGAGCUCUUGCAGGUGCCGCAGGCCCUCCUCGACUGCUCGCGUACCCUCCUUUGACCUGCACACACACGUGACACACACGAGAAUGGAUGACAAUCAUCAGAUCUGAUGAAGAAAGCCUGUCCCUAACGGCUGCUGGCUCACCUGACGCACGUCCAUGAUGCUGAGAGGCGGUGUUUGCGCCGAACAGGCAGUCGAUGCAGAGGCUCCCUCACGCCGAGCGAGAAUUCGCGCGCUUGAGACGGGCCCCCCUUUUCUCUUGCCACGUGACCUGCUCUCCCUUGCGGGUUUCUUUCCAUUGCCUUCUUGCUCUUUCUUCCCCUUUCAUCGCUGCAUUAUCGUUUGUGGUUUGUCUUGCCGUCAUUUGCUGGCACUCGUAUUACGGCAG